AAUUUCAUCUUUCUCUUACAGAUGAUAUUAACCGUGUUCUUGAGCAACAAUGAACAGAUUUUAACAGAAGUUCCUAUAACACCAGAGACAACAUGUCGAGAUGUCGUAGAAUUUUGCAAAGAACCUGGAGAAGGCAGUUGCCAUUUGGCGGAAGUGUGGAGGGGAAAUGAGCGUCCAAUACCCUUUGAUUAUAUGAUGUAUGAACAUCUUCAGAAGUGGGGGCCACGAAGGGAAGAAGUGAAAUUUUUUCUUCGACACGAAGAUUCCCCAAUGGAGAGCACUGAGCAAGGUGGCCGUCAGACCCAAGAGCAAAGAACUCAAAGAAAUGUAAUAAAUGUACCUGGAGAAAAACGCACUGAAAAUGGGGUUGGGAACCCACGUGUUGAACUCACCCUCUCAGAACUCCAGGACAUGGCAGCUAGGCAACAACAGCAAAUUGAGAACCAGCAGCAAAUGCUGGUUGCCAAGGAACAGCGUUUACAUUUUCUGAAGCAACAGGAGCGCCGUCAGCAGCAAUCUGUUUCUGAAAAUGAAAAGCUUCAGAAGUUGAAAGAACGAGUCGAAGCCCAGGAAAACAAGCUGAAGAAGAUCCGAGCCAUGAGAGGACAAGUGGACUACAGCAAAAUGAUGAACGGGAACCUGUCUGCAGAAAUAGAACGGUUCAGUGCCAUGUUCCAGGAAAAGAAGCAGGAAGUGCAGACUGCGAUUUUAAGAGUUGAUCAGCUCAGUCAACAACUGGAAGAUUUAAAGAAAGGAAAACUGAACGGGUUCCAGUCUUACAAUGGCAAGCUGACUGGGCCGGCCGCGGUGGAGUUGAAACGACUGUACCAAGAACUACAGAUUCGUAACCAGCUGAACCAGGAACAGAAUUCAAAACUCCAGCAGCAGAAGGAACUCUUAAAUAAGCGCAACAUGGAGGUGGCCAUGAUGGACAAGCGGAUCAACGAACUGCGUGAACGUCUUUACGGGAAAAAAAUUCAGCUGAGCCGUGUGAAUGGCACAUCGUCGCCGCAGUCACCCCUGAGCACGCCGGGCAGGGUGGCUGCAGUGGGGCCUUACAUCCAGGUUCCCAGCACCGGCAGCUACCCUGUGCCUGGGGACCCUGUAAAGCCCCAGUCUCUCACCAUUGCCUCAAGUGCUGCCCACGGAAGAUCCAAACCUGCCAACGAUGGAAAUUGGCCAACACUGAAACAGAAUCCUAGCUCUUCAGUGAAAGCAAUGCAGGUUGCCGGUGUGGACUGGAAGGACCCUGGUGUGGAGGGGCCUCUCAAGCAGGGGGCCGUCUCCAGCCAGCCUGUGCCCUUGUCAGCACUAGGAGCUACGGAGAAGCUGGGCAUUGAGAUUGGUAAAGCGCCACCCCCCAUGCCUGGUGUCAGCAAGCAGCUGCCCCCAAGCUACGGGACGUACCCAAGUCCUGCACCUGUGGGCCCAGGGUCCACAAACUCCCUGGAGAGGAGGAAGGAGGGCAGCUUGCCCAGGCCCAGCGCAGGCUUGCCCAGUCGGCAGAAACCCACCCCGCUGCCUCCUGCGGGCAGCCCUCACCAGCCAGGUUCCUCACAGCAGAUUCAGCAGAGGAUUUCCGUGCCGCCAAGUCCCACGUACCCGCCAACGGGGCUGCCUGCAUUUCCAGCUGGAGACAGCAAACCUGAACUCCCACUGACAGUGGCCAUUAGGCCCUUUCUGGCUGAUAAAGGAUCAAGGCCACAGUCCCCCAGGAAGGGACCCCAGACAGUGAAUUCAAGUUCCAUAUACUCCGUGUACCUCCAGCAAGCCACACCGCCCAAGAAUUACCAGCCAGCGGCGCACAGCGCCUUCAAUAAGUCGGUUAAAGCAGUGUACGGGAAACCUGUCUUACCGUCCGGCUCCACAUCCCCGUCCCCGUUACCAUUUCUUCACGGGUCACUGGCCACAAGCGCCUCGCAGCCACAGCCUCCAGAAAGCACCGAGAAGGAGGCUGAGCAGGACGGCCCCGCGCCUGGGGACGGCACGGGCGCCGUGGAGAGCCUGCCGCGGCCACUCAGCCCCACCAAGCUCACGCCCAUCGUGCACUCGCCGCUGCGCUACCAGAGCGACGCCGACCUGGAGGCCCUGCGCAGGAAGCUGGCCAACGCGCCGCGGCCCCUGAAGAAGCGCAGCUCCAUCACAGAGCCCGAGGGCCCCAGCGGGCCCAACAUCCAGAAGCUGCUGUACCAGCGCUUCAACACCCUGGCCGGCGGCAUGGAGGGCGCCCCUUUCUACCAGCCCAGCCCCUCGCAGGACUUCAUGGGCACCUUAGCCGACGUGGACAAUGGGAACACCAAUGCCAACGGGAACCUGGGGGAGGCUGGCCCCACCCUGCCCACGGCCCCGCUGCCUGCUGAGCCCACCCCUGCCUCCGAUGCCAAUGACAACGAGCUGCCUUCCCCCGAGCCAGGGGGGCCCCUUUGUCCCGUGAACACCCACCAGGCCCCCGAGCCUGCCGAGGAUGACAACAACAAUGUGGCCACGGCCCCGUCCACAGACCAGCUCCCCAGCCCCGGGGCCGAGGCCCCCUCUCCAGGGCAGGAGCAGGUGACCCUGCCACUGGCUCCCACCGUGCCCUCAACGGCGGCCUUGACGAACAAACGGACCAACCUGAAGAAGCCUAACUCGGAGCGGACAGGGCACGGGCUGAGGGUCCGGUUCAGCCCCCUGGCGCUGCUCCUGGACGCCUCUCUGGAAGGAGAGUUCGACCUGGUACAGAGGGUCAUCUACGAGGUGGAGGACCCCAGCCAGCCCAAUGACGAGGGCAUCACCCCACUGCACAACGCCGUCUGCGCCGGCCACCACCACAUCGUCAAGUUCCUGCUGGACUUCGGGGUUAAUGUGAAUGCCGCUGACAGUGACGGCUGGACCCCGCUGCACUGCGCCGCCUCCUGCAACAGCGUGCACCUCUGCAAGCAGCUGGUGGAGAGUGGCGCCGCCAUUUUUGCCUCAACCAUCAGUGACGUUGAGACAGCCGCAGACAAGUGCGAGGAGAUGGAGGAAGGCUACAUCCAGUGUUCCCAGUUUCUGUAUGGGGUGCAGGAGAAGUUGGGUGUGAUGAACAAAGGUGUGGUGUACGCCCUGUGGGCUUACGAGGCCCAGAACAGUGACGAGCUGUCCUUCCACGAAGGCGACGCACUCACCAUCCUGAGGCGCAAGGACGAGAGCGAGACCGAGUGGUGGUGGGCCCGCCUGGGGGACCGGGAGGGCUACGUGCCCAAAAACCUGCUGGGGUUGUACCCACGGAUCAAACCCCGACAGCGAACACUGGCCUGAAUGUUCCUCCAGAGCACCACUCAGACUUGCCGGCGACCAGGAGUCACCCAGGAGAUUUCUCCAUUUCCCUGGGAAAGCUGAAGCUAGGAGUGGUUUUACUGGUGCUCACUUUAGCAGACGGCGUCCACAAUGUGAAACCCCGGCAGUUUCUAGGUGAGGCCCUUUCUCCAGCUCACCCACACUGGGAGGGGUACUUUCACCUCCAAGAAGACUGAAUUUUGCCAAUUACUGUAAAUCCAAAUAAAUACCCAGCUUUCUCAACCACCGCCCUUGUUGCCAGUAAGCAGCCCUACAGUUAAGCGCUGGUUGGUGGCCAGUGAAGACCGAUGCUCUGCUCGACUUGGGCGCACGGCUGCCCCUCAGUCCCAUGUCACUCAGCCCACAGUGAACACUCCCAGCCGCUGUGAGGUGUGUCCCCCUGCGAGAGCCCUGCCCACCUGUGGCCUGGAAACCACAGGAACCCAAUGUCCUUUUCUUCCUCACCUCGUGCGUUUCUUCCUAGCAUCACCAGAGGGGCCCGUGUGUGGAAACUCCCGUCCCAUGGUGGUGUCUGGUGUGCCGGCUCUGGGCCUCAGUCUGGGUUACCCAGGCCGCUGGUGUGGGGCUGGACUUCAUGCCAUGGGCACAAGGACCCUGAGGACCAGGUGACACACAGUCAGGGGUCUCAACGCAGCACUGCCUUCUCUGCAACCUCUCGCUGCCCAGGUGUGGUUCUGACGCCCUCCCAGGGUGGACAUACCCUGCUGAGUGCAGUCUUGCCCUCGAGCCGGGGGUGGGUGGGCGUCGGGAGGGUGGCCCUGGGACAGGAGGGCAGGGCCCAGCCUCCCUGUCCGGGCGGCCAUGAUGCAAUAACAUUUGCCCCAGUUCUAGACUUAAAGCAAGUUAGGCACUUCCCUGAGAUCUGAACUGUACGUACAGGCUUUUAUACACCAAGAGUAUUUUUUGACUAGACCACUCGAAGCUAUCAGAGCCACGUUGGAAAUGUCUUCUCAUUAAAACCCAGGCUCUUAGGCUUUGUUUUCCAUGUGCGAGUCUUGUGUGUACUUCACGUACAAACGUGUAGAGCCUUGCUGUGGUCAGCCAGUUUGAAGCACUGAUUGUACCCAGCGGGGUGGUGAGGAACGGACACCCCACGGGCAGCCUCUGAGGAGCCGUGUCCACGUGCACACAAUAAACCGCUGUCUCCCA